UCACAAUUUAUUUUAUGGUGUAGUGUCAUAUGGUAAUUGUUGCAAGUUCUAAAUGUAAUUUUUAUUUUCCUCAACUGAGGUCAUUUGUGUUCGCUUAUUCUUCAGUACGUUGAAUAUAGGUUACAUUGUAAACUGAAUGUAUGUGAAAACCAGAUUGAAAUAAAGUUUAAAAUGUACUGCAAUGCCCAUUUUAAGCCGGCAGAUGGCGUUAUCUGCCCCGAUUGCAAUGACAAUAUAGAGAAAUCUAACAGUUUAUCUCUUUUUAUUCUACAAUCCACAUUGGUAGCAGUUGUCAUAAAUUAUUUCAGAGAUUCAGAACUGCUCUGGCGCUCCCCAUCUGCCUCUGGUGCUCCCCUGCUUCCUGACUCCGUACCGGAGGCCGGUGACAGGUCUUCAACCCGGAAGUGUCCGUGGAUCUUCCACUAAAGCUGUCACGGAUUCGUCUGGGGGAGCAAUAAAAAUUAUGGAAAAAAUAAAUAACGCUUCUGAUUGCAUUACAUUACGUUUCAAAUAUUUUCGGUGACAGCCUUGUGUUUUUUUUUUAAUAAAGUAAAAAAAAAAACGUUGGCAUAAUGAGGCCUGUGAUGCAAUAAGUGCUGCAAUUACUGUCACUACAGCCAGUGGCAGCCGCAGGUACCGUGGCAGCCUUUGCCAACUUUGGCAGGUACCGUGGCAGCAGUGGCAGGUACCACUGAAAGCCGUGGCACCACCCGGAAGUGUCAGAGCUGCCACUGCUACAAAUCGCCCCUGCUGUCUUUCACUUGACGUCAUGCUGCAGGUGGACUCAGGUGUGUACAUCGGCUCGGUAGACGACCUGAAUGACAGACAGAUGUUGGCAGAUGCGUCUGUGUCUCAUAUCCUGUCUCUGGACUCAGUGGACCCUGGUCCAAUGCUUCCUGCUGAUGGAAGCUUUGUUACAAAGUGGAUAGAUGUUUUAGAUGACCCAACAUCUGACCUCUUAAGUCACAUGGACGCUUGCUUUAUGUUCAUUGAUGAGGCUGUGAAAGGAGGUGGGGCUGCACUUGUUCAUUGCCAGGUGGGGCGGAGUCGCAGUGCCACCAUCGUGACCGCAUAUCUAAUGAAGAGACACCAGCUGGGCUUCACUGAGGCUUACGAUAGACUAAAAAGUGUCAAACGAGACGUUCAGGUUAAUAGUGGCUUUGAAGACCAGUUACGUCUAUAUGAAGCUAUGAAGUGUGAAGUGGACACAUCCAAUCCUUCAUACAAACAAUACAGACUUCUCAAGAUCAAGAUCAAGAAAUUCUCAGAGUUGAAGCGGGGUGCAGCAGAGUUGCCUAAGGAGAUUUUUGCACUUGACCCUGACCUCUCCAGCUCUUCUGAAGUCUCCUAUAGAUGCAGGAAGUGCAGACGAACUCUGUUUCGUGGCUCUAGUAUUCUCAGUCAUCCUGUAGGGGAAGGAGCAUCAGCCUUCAGUCACAAAAAGUUCAGUAACCUCACUGGAAACGCUCAGUGUACGUCAUACUUUAUUGAGCCGGUGCAGUGGAUGAAACCAUCCCUUCUUCGAGUCAUGCAUGGACAGCUGCUCUGCCCAAAGUGCAGCUCCAAGCUGGGCUCAUUCAGCUGGUGCGGAUAUCAGUGUUCAUGCGGCCGCUGGGUCACACCUGCCUUCCAGCUUCAUCAUAACAGAGUUGAUGAGAUCCGACAAAUCAAGAUGCAGAAAUAACACACACACACACACACACACACACACACACACACACACACACACACACACACACACACACACACACACACACACACACACACACACACACAGUCUCGGUUUAUGGUGCAAAAUGAUUUCAUUACAAUAAUGCAUUUUGUACAUUUUUAUUAUGUAAGGUGCCUGAAUGUUACCUAUGUCUGUAAAUAAAAAUAUAUCAGUAAAAACUGUA